CGUAACAUGUUACACUACACUGAGUAUUAUUCUUCAUAUCCUUUAUUCCUUCAUUGAUUUAUUUCCUUUUUUUUUACAGAAAGUUGGACAGACGCUAAUGGACCACAGACGAGAAGAAAGUACUCAUUCAGUGUUAGACAUAUUUAGAUACCCACAACUUCGGAAAAAAUUGAUGAUCAUCACCUUAAUGUGGACAGCAAUUUCGGUCGCUUACUUCGGCCUGAUACUCAACAUAUCCAACCUUGGUGGGAAUGACUUUUUGAAUUAUUUCUGUCUGUCCGUCGUAGAACUUCCUGCAUUCUUUAUUGGUGGUUACAUCAUGAAUAAAUGGGGAAGACGAUGGGCUAAUACUGGCUUUGUUCUCAUAGCGGGCUCAUUCUGUUUACUCCCAGUGUUCCUGCCUGCUAAUCUCAAAAGCCCAGCCUUAGCAGCUUCCUUGAUUGGAAAAUUUUGUUCAGCAGCAGGGUUUAUGGUGAUCUACCAACAGGCGGCCGAGCUCUACCCAACUGCUGUGAGAUCUAUUGGAAUAGCAAUUGGGUCUACAGUCUCUGCUAUAGCCAUCAUCUGCAUGCCUUACAUAGUUUACUUAGGUACUUACAACAAAUACAUACCAUUUCUGUUCAUCGGUGGAAUGUGUUUAAUAGCAGGACUGGUGGCUCCCCUGGUGCCAGAAACAUUAAACGAAAGUUUACCUCAAACAAUUGAGGAUUCAGAAGCGUUCGGAUUAAAACAGAAAAUGUUUUCUUUACCCAGGUAAUUACAAGUAAUUAGUAUACAAAUUAUUAUUUUUAAAA